AUGGAUCAUUCUUCCGAGACUCCUCUGAAGGCGGAGGAAUAUUACCGAUCUCAGGGAUACUAUUAUGGCCCCACUGAGGGUGCCAAUGCACCUGGUGAAGGUACCCGUGGAGGUGCAGGCGGUGCAGGGGGAAAUAGUGCUUCGACAAUGACGCCGAGAUCGCGGGUCGGUGGUGCGAGUACAGCGGCUCAACAGGCUCAACAGGCGGUUCAACAGGCAGUUCAGCAGCACCGAAUGGCUCCGAUUAUGACGAGUGUGACGCCGCCAUCGUCACAGUCGGCGUUUGUCGCGAGCCCGGUGCAGCAUGGAAGUCGCCAUUAUCACAGUAGUAACCAACAGCAGCAGCAUCAGCAGCAGACGAAUCAGAAUCAGAAUCAGAAUCAGCAACAAUUGCAUGUUCAGAAACGGGCCAGAGGUGGUGGAGUAGGAACAGGAGGAUAUAACAGCUCUUUUUCGAACAGCUCGACGUCGUUGGCAGGUGCCACGACUCUGGCUCAUGUUCCAGCAGAGCCGGUCAUGGAACCGGAUUUGAGCCCGGAUAUGGGUUAUACCGCAGAAGUGCCGCUGAAUGUGUCGGGACAUGGUCAGGGAGGUGGAGCUGGAGGUGGUGCAGGCAAUGGCCAGCUGCCGUCGCCGAUUCUGAGCGCUAUUGAUCCGUUAAAUGUGGUUCCAAAGACCCCGCCAGUUGGGUAUGGCAGCGGUCACAGUGGCCAUAGUGGUCAUAGCGGACAUAGCGGGUAUAGUGGUAAGAGUCCGGUGGUGGCUGGAAAUAUGGCAGGAGCUACAGCUGCGGGUGCGGGAGGAGCUGGUGGAGCAGCUCACCAUGGAACUCCAGGUGGUGUAGCAGCAGCAGGAACUGCAGCUGGUGGUGUGAGCCACGGAAUGCACCAGGAAGGAGCAGGCCACAAUACAACUCCAGCACGAACUAAAUCCAGCCAUCGAUCGAAUGCAGCAUCAGGAACUAAUACCGCGUCUGUUAAGAGAAGAGCGAUAGGAGAAUGGGAUUUUAUUAAAACUAUAGGAGCGGGAUCCAUGGGUCAAGUCAAGCUCGGCGAAAAUAGAAGAACCCACGAGCUGUGUGCUGUGAAAGUGAUUCCCAAGUACGCAUCGUUGAAACACCAUGACCGGCCUCAGAAAGAAUCCGACGAAUCGAGAAACGUGCGAAUUGUGCGUGAAGCUGCUAUUGGCAAACUGCUACAUCACAAGAAUAUCUGUGAAUUGUACGAGGUACACUCAAUGACCAAUCAUUAUUAUAUGCUAUUUGAAUAUGUAUCAGGAGGUCAAAUGUUGGAUUAUAUCAUUUCUCACGGAAGUUUGAAAGAUAAACAGGCCAGGAAGUUUGCUCGUGCUAUUGCCAGUGCGCUCGACUAUUGUCACCACAACUCGAUUGUUCAUCGAGAUUUGAAAAUUGAAAAUAUACUGAUAUCCAAGUCGGGAGAAAUCAAAAUCAUUGAUUUCGGGCUGUCAAAUGUGUUUUCAAGAAACAAUCUUUUGAAAACAUUCUGUGGAUCCUUGUAUUUUGCAGCCCCCGAACUGCUAAAUGCUCACCCUUAUAUCGGUCCUGAGGUCGAUGUGUGGAGUUUUGGCAUUGUCUUGUAUGUACUAGUAUCGGGAAAAGUACCUUUUGACGACCAGUCGAUGCCUGCUUUACAUGCUAAAAUCAAACGAGGAAGAGUCGAGUAUCCAACAUGGGUCUCGUCAGAUUGUAAAGACCUGCUGUCGAGAAUGUUGGUGGUGGAUCCGAAAGAAAGAGCUCCAUUGUCUGAAGUCAUGCACCAUCCAUGGAUGAUUAAAGGAUAUGAUGGACCUCCCGAGUCAUAUAUUCCACCCAGAAAACCAUUGUCACUUCCAUUAGACCCAGAAGUGAUUGAUGAAAUGACUGGAUUCGAGUUUGGCACCAGCUUUGAUAUCGCGUUUACCUUGACCCAGAUUCUCGAAUCGCCAGAAUACAUUGCUGCAGCAAAUAACUGGUAUAAAAUCCAUGGUGGACCAGCUGCCAAUCAACCUACCACCACCGAUUCACCUGAUCGUAGAUCAUCCCGUCAUUUCAGUUUGGAUUUUUAUAAACGACGAUUAUCUGGUAGCCAGCAGUUGUUGGCUAAUAAUGGUACUACUCUCACCAGUAUUGGCAGUAAUGGUACUCUUGGAACGACGACCUCUUCAAGCACCACAAGUCCAUUAGGUCCCGGAAUCAACUCUUCUUCUUCACAAAAUGAAUGUUUCGAGUACAACAAUAACGCCAGUAACAUCCCCGACCCUACCGAUGCGUUUCAUCCAUUAAUUUCCAUCUACUAUCUAGUUCAAGAGAAGUUUGAACGGGAUAGAUUAAAAACCAACAACACUUCAUUGCAUGCAUCGAAAGACGAGCAAUCUCCAUUCGAAUCUGAUCCACAACGGCCAUCAAAAGCUGCUACUCGUAUCACACGAUCUAAAACCCACGGAUCAUCUGAUUACGAAAUGGCCAGACGACGAGGCCAUCAAGCGUCGGCUUCAACUGGUGUUCCUCCUGUACCACCCAUGUCACCGACAUUCAGCAAACAACCAUUUUCAGGACCGAGUCAAACCACUCAACAGGGCCAACUUCAUAUUCAAACUGGAGCACCAACUGCCACAGCAACUGCCGCAGCUGCUGGUAUAUCUGGAGGAGCAUCGACAUCGCAAACUCGUGGUCCUGUUCCAUACAAACCACGUCAUCAAUCACACGUAUCCGAACCACCAGCUGUGUCGAGGAAUAUCGCUGCUUCGAUUCUUCGCAAGUUCAGUACCAAGAGAAAACCCGUUCCUGUUAGUUCGACAUCAACAUCCGCUACAACCAGUCCUGCUGCUGCACAACCACCUCCAAUCACCAUUUCAUCGCCAUUUGAAAGUCCAAACGACGAGGCUGCUGGUCUUAACAGGUCGACAAGUGUCACUGAAGGGUCGUAUCAACGUCAAACACGACGAGCUGUAUCCACUACAGCCACUACUCGACCAGCUCCUCCACCUCCAUUGCCUCAUAACUUCCGGUAUCCUGAUGCUGGUGCUGCUACCACCGCAACUGGUGUAUCUCCAACGACAACUCCUAAUGCACAUGUCAAUACUGCUACUCCAAACACAGCACCCACCAGUACCGCCAGUGCAGCUACUCCUACCAACUCUAACACCCUCAACACCCCAACGCGGAAUCGAUUCCAACGCAUCACUGAAGGUGACGACCUAAACGAGAAAAUGGACUUUCUCGCCAUCAACCCUUCAACCCCCUCCAGCACCUAUAACAACAACAACAACAGCAGCACCAACAAAAAGUCCCAUCCGUCAGCUCGUGCCAAAUCCUGGGGCCAUGUUCGUCCUCCACCCCGCAACAGAGACAGUAUCGGUGUCAACUCACCUAUUCCGUCUGCCGAUAUUGCCGACCAGUUUUUCGACGAUAUCAAUGCCGAUUACAGUGGAUCCAACAACAACAGCAGUCAACGGUUGAGUGGAUCUGAAGGACCAACUGUCGAAAUCAACGACUCGUCGAUGCCGUCGAUCCAGUACCCCAAACAAGUAUUCCUGAAGGGAUUCUUCAGUGUACAAUCGACGUCGACCAAAUCUCUGCUCUACGUUCGAGCAGAUAUCAUCCGUGUUCUGACCCAUCUCGGCAUCUCGUUCCGCGAAGUCAAAGGAGGGUUUUAUUGCAUGCACAAACCCUCAAUCAAGCUCGACGACGACACCGCAAAUGCCAAUGCCAAUGCCAACACCAACAGCCUGGCACUUUCUGGAGCAUUUUCACCACCCGCUUCGCCACAAACAGGAACCAGCAAUGGUCACUGGCGUAAACUAUCAUUCGGAUCGGGAAUGCUGACCGGCGGCCGCCGUCGUAGUAUUGUAGCGGCCUAUGCUGGCGACAGCAGUAACAACAUGGUCGACUCGGACCUGUCCUCGGACUCCAUGGGCCCUACAACCGGAGCCAUUGGCGGCGGCAGCGACAUGCUCACAUACAACGGCCAGCCAAACAACGUGCACAUGCCGCUCCAGUUCGAAGUCUACAUCGUCAAAGUGCCCCUCCUCUCACUCCACGGCGUGCAAUUCAAAAAAAUCACCGGCAACUCGUGGCAAUACAAAUCGCUCGCCACCAAAAUCCUCUCCGAACUGCGUCUCUAA